UGAGAUACGUGAAUAUCAAAGUUGAUCAGUAUAUAAUUACUGGGUGUAAAUCAUUAUAAAACUAAAGUGUAUUUGUUUCAAUACGAAAUAUAUAAAUUGGAAGAUAUAUAGAAAUUUGGUAUUAAAGAAGUAAUUCUUUUUGCAAAGAAAAAACACUAUUUACAAUGCCGCAAAACGAGUAUAUUGAAAGGCACCGUAAAUUAUAUGGGCGGCGGUUAGAUUAUGAGGAAAGGAAGAGGAAAAGAGAAGCUCGUGAACCUCACAAACGGGCAGAACGUGCUCGUAGUUUGCGUGGUAUAAAAGCAAAAAUAUUUAAUAAAGAACGACGAAAUGAGAAGAUUCAAAUGAAAAAGAAAAUUAAAUCACACAUGGAAAAAAAGGUGAAGCAAGAUUCGAGUAAUGUAUCAAAUGGCGCAUUGCCAGUAUAUUUGUUAGAUCGUGACAUUAAAAAAGAUGCAAAAGUACUAUCGAAUAUGAUAAAACAAAAGCGUAAAGAAAAGGUUGGCAAAUGGGAUGUCCCAAUACCUAAAGUUAAAACACAGUCAGAGUCCGAAGUUUUCAAAAUAAUGAGAAGUGGUAAAACUAAACGUAAAUCAUGGAAAAGAAUGGUGACAAAAGUUACUUUUGUUGGUGAGAAUUUUACAAGAAAACCACCAAAAUUUGAAAGAUUCAUUAGACCAAUGGCAUUACGUUUUAAAAAAGCACAUGUAACUCAUCCUGAAUUAAAAGCUACAUUUUGUGUACCAAUUAUUGGAGUAAAGAAAAAUCCAUCUUCGUCAAUGUACACAAGCUUAGGUGUUGUGACAAAAGGAACAAUUAUUGAAGUAAAUAUUUCUGAACUAGGUUUGGUAACACAGUCUGGAAAAAUAGUUUGGGGAAAAUAUGCACAAGUUACAAAUAAUCCUGAAAAUGAUGGUUGUAUCAAUGCUGUAUUGCUUGUAUAA